UGCACUUUUACAAUGGCGGCCAGUUCGGGAUACAAUAAUACAGAUGUUGUAAUUGUUGCUGCAGGAAGAACGCCAAUCGGAAAUUUGAACGGCUGUCUUAGCUCACUCAAAGCACAUGAACUUGGUGCCAUAGUCAUUCGAGAUGUUUUGUCGCGCGGCAAGACUCCAGCGUCUGACGUGGCGGAAGUCAUCAUGGGACAAGUUUGCACUGCAGGACAGGGACAAGGACCUGCACGCCAGGCAGCAAUGAAUGCUGGUAUCCCAUCCUCAGUUCCAGCUUAUGGUGUUAACAUGCUGUGCGGCUCUGGGUUAAAGGCUGUCGCAUUAGGCUACCAAGCUGUUUUGAAUGACGAGUCAGCUACCAUUGUUGCAGGCGGUCAAGAAAGUAUGAGUCAAGCCCCACAUUGUUGUAACAUGAGGUCUCCACUGAAGAUGGGUGAUGCUAAACUUGUGGAUUCUAUGAUGUUAGAUGGGCUCAUCGAUGCCUUUCAUGGCUACCACAUGGGAAUAACAGCCGAGAAUGUUGCAAAACAAUGGCAAGUAAGCAGGGAUGACCAAGAUCAGUUUGCAGUUGUGUCUCAAAACAAAGUGGAGAAGGCACAGAAAGAAGGUUAUUUUAAAGAAGAGAUUGUCACUGUUCCUGUUAAAACACGAAAAGAGACAAUAGAUGUCACAGAAGAUGAAUUUCCAAGACAUGGCACUUCCAUGGCAGGUCUUGCUCGUCUCAAACCCUGUUUUCUACAGGAUGGCACUGGCACAGUAACAGCAGGGAAUGCUUCUGGGAUUAAUGAUGGUUCUGCUGCAGUAGUGCUAAUGUCUUAUGCGGAGGCUACCAGGAGGGGUGUGGUCCCUUUGGCACGCAUUGUCUCUUGGGGUCAGGCUGGUGUGGACCCAGCAGUGAUGGGUACUGGACCUAUCCCUGCAACCAGGAAAGCUCUCCAAAAAGCAGGAUGGAAGAUUGAAGAUGUUGACUUGUUUGAACUAAACGAGGCAUUUGCUGCCCAGUCAUGUGCCGUUGUUAAAGAUUUGGGACUUGACCCAGAAAAGGUGAAUGUCAGUGGAGGUGCUCUAGCUCUUGGACACCCGAUAGGAGCAUCAGGAUGUAGAAUUCUUGUUACUCUGUUGUAUGGCUUAAAACGAACGGGAGCAAGACGAGGCGUGGCAGCUUUAUGCAUUGGUGGUGGAAUGGGUAUUGCUAUGUGUGUGGAAAGGUUAUGACAAUAGGAAAGACUUAAGUGAGG